AUGUCAUCAAGAAUAGUAUCAAAAAUAGCAAAGGGAAGAGACACUAGUGAUGGUGCAGGAGUAAAGUUAAAGAGAGUGAUUGGUGGUCCAAUCCUAGACCUUGACCCAUUCCUCUUACUCGAUGAAUUCAAGAGUGAUAAGGCUGAUGAUUAUAUCGAAGGUUUUCCAAGUCAUCCACAUCGUGGUUUUGAAACAGUAACAUAUAUGUUGGCAGGAGUAAUGGAACAUCAAGACCAUAAAGGUAAUAAAGGAUUAUUGACACCUGGGUCAAUUCAAUGGAUGACUGCAGGAAGAGGUAUCAUUCACUCAGAGAUGCCUAAACAAGAGAAUGGGUUAAUGCAUGGUUUCCAAUUAUGGGUUAAUCUACCAUCAAAACUAAAGAUGAUGGAGCCACGUUACCAAGAUAUUCCUCCAAGUGAUGUACCAGUUUUAAAAGAACAAGGUGUAACUGUCAAAGUACUCGCAGGUAAAUAUCAUGGUCAAGAAGGUCCAGUCAGUGGUAUUAUUACCAAUCCACUCUAUCUCGAUGUCGAGUUGGCUGCCGGUGCCACUUUUAGUGAAGAGAUUCCAGUUGGACACAGUUCAUUUGCCUAUGUAUUCCAAGGCGAUGCAUCAUUUGGUCCAAAGGAUAACCAAAAACAAGUCAACACAUCUCAUGCUGCCGUACUCGACGGUAACGCUGGUCAAACUCAUAUCGAUGUAACAGCAGGUGACAAAGGUGCCAGAUUCAUUCUAAUAGCAGCUGCUCCAAUCAAUGAAAAAGUUUGUAGAUAUGGACCAUUUGUUAUGACUACAAAUGAAGAAAUUAAUCAAGCUUUUGAUGAUUAUCAUUCUGGUCUUGCAUUAUUAUUCCCUGGACAAGGAAGUCAAGUUGUUGGAAUGACAAAGGAUCUAGUUCAAGACUAUCCUUAUCUCAUGCCUUUGUUUAAAGAGGCUGAUAGAUUAUUAUCAUUUAAUCUAUCAAAUGUAAUGUGGAAUUCAGAGAUGCAAGAAUUAAAACAAACUGAAGUAACACAACCAGCAGUAUUAUUACAUAGUAAUGCUAUACUACAAGUACUUGAAAAGGAAAUACCAAAUUUUGUCACUCCUCCUCCUCCUUCUUCUUCAUCCUCUACUUCCUCUACUUUGUUUAAAGUUGAUUUUAUGUUGGGACAUUCAUUAGGAGAAUAUACAGCAUUGAUGGCAUCAAAAUCAUUAGAGUUUAAUGAUGCAAUUCAAUUGGUUCGUAAUAGAGGAUCGAUGAUGAAACAAAGUAAAGAUGGAAAGAUGGCAGCUCUAUUGUCAAAGGCUAAUAUGUUGACCAAUGGUAGUUACCAAUCGAUCAAAAGUACUGCGCAAGAGAUGUUUGAUCAAUCCUCUGGACAAGACAUUGUAUCGGUAUCAAAUAUAAAUUCACCAUCACAGUUGGUGAUCAGUGGAAAUGAAUCGGGUGUCACCAAAUUAAUUGAUGUUGGUAAAAAGAACAAAUGGUUCAACAAGGCAAUUAGAUUAGAAGUAUCUGCCGCCUUUCAUUCACCUCUAAUGAAAGAUUGUUCUCAAGAAUAUAAUUCAAAUUAUCUAAACAAAAUUCAUUUUAAUCAACCUAUUAUACCUGUCAUUUCAAAUGUUACUGCUAAACCUUACAAAGGACAAGAUAGUAUUAAACCAAUAUUAUCAAAACAAAUGGUUAGUACAGUAGAUUGGGUAUCAAGUAUACAAUAUUGUAUUGACAAAUGGGAGAAUGAAAAGGAGAAAGGUUAUUUUAUUGAAAUUGGUCCAAACAAAGUACUCUCUCAAUUAUUAAAUCAAUCACAUCCAAAUUUUCAAACAAUAUCAAUAGGUACAUCUGAAGAAUUAAAAGAAUUUAUUAAAAAAUAUAAAGAUAAUACUUUAUUCAAUGAAUAA